AUGUAUAAUCCAGUCUCACCAGCUCAUGUCACCCUCCUGCACCCUCUCCGGAGGCUCCUCCCCGUCUACGUGGACCUGUUCCAGAACGUCCUGGUGCCCCUCCUCCCCGGGGAACCUCUCCCAGGGGGUCCCCGAGGCCUCAAGAUCUCCCCCUGGGGGAACCAGUGUCAGCUGCUCCUGGGGAAUCCUUCCCAGUACGUGGUGCCUAUUUUCCAGCAAGGACAGAAAUCUUGGAUAGAAAAAACCUUUUGCAAACGAGAAUGUAUCUUUGUAAUUCCCAGCACUAAAGAUCCUAACAGGUGUUGCUGUGGCCAGCUCACCAACCAGCAUAUCCCCCCUCUGCCGAGUGUAACAGCCAGCAAAAAUGGAGAGAACAAGCAGGUGGAGACUCAGCCCGAAAAAUGGUCUGUUGGCAAACACACCCAGAGCUACCCGACAGAUUCCUACGGGAUUCUCGAAUUCCAGGGUGGCGGAUACUCCAAUAAAGCCAUGUAUAUCCGGGUCUCCUAUGACACGAAGCCAGACUCACUGCUUCAUCUCAUGGUGAGAGACUGGCAGCUGGAACUCCCCAAGCUCUUAAUAUCUGUGCACGGAGGCCUCCAGAACUUUGAGAUGCAGCCCAAGCUGAAGCAGGUCUUUGGGAAAGGUCUGAUCAAGGCUGCUGUGACCACUGGGGCCUGGAUCUUCACUGGAGGCAUCAGCACAGGUGUCAUCAGCCACGUGGGGGAUGCCUUGAAAGACCACUCCUCCAAGUCCAGAGGCCGGGUUUGUGCUAUAGGAAUUGCUCCCUGGGGCAUCGUGGAGAAUAAAGAAGAUCUGGUUGGAAGGGAUGUGACACGGGUGUACCAGACUAUGUCCAACCCCCUGAGUAAGCUCUCUGUGCUCAACAACUCGCACACGCACUUCAUCCUGGCUGACAAUGGCACCCUGGGCAAGUACGGUGCCGAGGUGAUGCUGAGAAGGCAGCUGGAGAAGCACAUCUCUCUGCAGAAGAUCAACACAAGACUGGGGCAGGGUGUGCCCGUCGUGGGCCUCGUGGUGGAAGGGGGCCCAAACGUGGUUUCCAUGGUCCUGGAGUAUCUCCGAGAAGAGCCUCCGGUCCCCGUGGUGGUCUGCGACGGCAGUGGCCGGGCCUCGGACAUCCUGUCUUUUGCACACAAGUACUCUGAAGAAGGAGGGAUAAUCAAUGACUCCCUCAGAGACCAGCUUCUAGUUACCAUUCAGAAAACAUUUAAUUACAGCAAGACACAAUCGCAUCAGCUCUUUGCGAUGAUCAUGGAGUGCAUGAAAAAGAAAGAACUUGUCACUGUGUUUAGAAUGGGUUCCGAGGGUCAGCAAGACAUCGAAAUGGCAAUUUUAACUGCCCUGCUGAAAGGCACAAACGCAUCGGCUCGGGACCAGCUGAGCUUGGCGCUGGCUUGGAACCGCGUGGACAUAGCUCGGAGCCAGAUCUUUGUCUUUGGGCCCCGCUGGCCGCCCCUGGGAAGCCUGGCCCCCCCAACGGAUAGCAAGGCCAUGGAGAGGGAGAAGAAGCCACCCACAGCAACCACCAAGGGGGGCAGAGGAAAAGGAAAAGGCAGGAAGAAAGGGAAGGUGAAAGAGGAGGUGGAGGAAGAAACUGACCCCCGGAAGCUUGAGCUGCUGAACUGGGUGAACGCUCUGGAGCAGGCCAUGCUGGACGCACUGGUCUUAGACCGAGUGGACUUUGUGAAGCUCCUGAUUGAAAAUGGAGUCAACAUGCAGCAUUUUCUCACCAUCCCGAGGCUGGAAGAGCUUUAUAACACCAGACUGGGUCCACCAAACACACUUCAUUUGCUGGUGAGGGAUGUAAAAAAGGGCAACCUUCCACCCGAUUACCACAUCAGCCUCAUAGACAUUGGGCUCGUGCUGGAGUACCUCAUGGGGGGCGCCUACCGCUGCAACUACACAAGGAAGGGCUUCCGGACCCUUUACAACAACCUGUUUGGACCCAAGAGGCCUAAAGCUCUCAAACUUCUGGGAAUGGAAGAUGAUGAGCCUCCAGCCAAAGGGAAGAAAAAGAAGAAGAAAAAGGAGGAGGAGUUGGACAUCGAUGUGGACGACCCCGCCGUGAGUCGAUUCCAGUACCCCUUCCACGAGCUGAUGGUGUGGGCCGUGCUGAUGAAGCGCCAAAAAAUGGCAGUCUUCCUCUGGCAGCGGGGGGAAGAGAGCAUGGCGAAGGCCCUGGUGGCCUGCAAGCUCUACAAGUCGAUGGCCCACGAGUCCUCCGAGAGCGAACUGGUGGACGACAUCUCCCAGGACCUGGACAACAACUCAAAAGACUUUGGCCAGCUUGCUGUGGAGCUCUUGGACCAGUCCUACAAGCAUGACGAGCAGAUCGCCAUGAAACUGCUGACCUACGAGCUGAAAAACUGGAGCAACUCGACCUGCCUCAAACUGGCUGUCGCAGCCAAACAUCGGGACUUCAUCGCCCACACCUGCAGCCAGAUGCUGUUGACUGACAUGUGGAUGGGAAGGCUGCGGAUGAGGAAAAACCCUGGCCUGAAGGUUAUCAUGGGGAUUCUUCUCCCCCCGACCAUCUUGUUUUUGGAAUUUCGCACCUGUGAUGACUUCUCCUAUCAAACAUCCAAGGAAAAUGAAGAUGGCAAAGAAAAAGAGGAGGAGACUAUGGAUGCGAAUGCAGACACUGGCUCGAGAAAGGGGGAUGAGGAGAAUGAACAAAAAAAGCAAAGAAGUGUUCCCAUUGGGACCAAGAUCUGUGAAUUCUACAAUGCUCCUAUUGUCAAGUUCUGGUUUUACACGAUAUCUUACCUGGGUUACCUACUGCUGUUCAACUACGUCAUCCUGGUGCGGAUGGAGCGCUGGCCCUGCCUCCAGGAGUGGAUCGUCAUCUCCUACAUCGUGAGCCUGGCCCUGGAGAAAAUUCGGGAGAUUCUCAUGUCAGAACCCGGUAAGCUCAGCCAGAAAAUAAAAGUUUGGCUUCAGGAAUAUUGGAACAUCACAGACCUCGUGGCCAUUUCCAUGUUCAUGAUUGGAGCCAUCCUCCGCCUACAGAAGCAGCCCUACAUGGGCUAUGGCCGUGUAAUCUACUGCGUGGAUAUCAUCCUCUGGUACAUCCGUGUCCUGGACAUCUUUGGUGUCAACAAGUAUCUGGGACCCUACGUGAUGAUGAUCGGAAAGAUGAUGAUUGACAUGCUGUAUUUUGUGGUCAUCAUGCUGGUGGUGUUGAUGAGUUUCGGGGUAGCCCGUCAAGCCAUUCUGCAUCCAGAUGAGGAGCCUUCUUGGAAGCUGGCCCGAAACAUCUUCUACAUGCCCUACUGGAUGAUCUACGGAGAGGUGUUUGCAGACCAGAUAGACCUCUACGCCAUGGAAAUUAAUCCUCCUUGUGGUGACAACCAGUACGAUGAGGAGGGCAAGCGGCUCCCUCCCUGCAUCCCGGGCGCCUGGCUCACGCCCGCCAUCAUGGCUUGCUACCUGCUGGUGGCCAACAUCCUGCUCGUGAACUUGCUCAUCGCCGUUUUCAACAAUACCUUCUUUGAAGUAAAGUCAAUAUCCAACCAAGUGUGGAAAUUCCAGCGUUAUCAGCUGAUUAUGACAUUUCAUGACCGGCCAGUCUUGCCUCCACCAAUGAUCAUUUUAAGCCACGUCUAUAUAAUCAUUAUGCGUCUCAGCCGCCACUGCAGGAAGAAAAGAGAAGGGGACCAAGAUGAACAGGAUCGUGGAUUGAAGCUGUUUCUCAGCGACGAGGAGCUGAAGAGGCUGCACGAGUUCGAAGAGCAGUGUGUCCGGGAGCAUUUCCAGGAGAAGGAGGACGAGCAGCAGUCGUCCAGCGAGGAGCGCAUUCGCGUCACCUGUGAGAGAGUUGAAAAUAUGUCCAUGAGGUUGGAAGAAAUCAACGAAAGAGAAAACUUUAUGAAAACUUCCCUGCAGACUGUUGACCUUCGCCUUUCCCAACUGGAAGAACUAUCUAGCAGAAUGGUGAAUGCGCUGGAAAACCUCGCAGGAAUCGACAAGUCCGACCUGAUGCAGACCCAGUCCCGGGCUUCUUCUGAAUGCGAUGCAACGUACCUUCUAAGGCAAAGCAGCAUCAACAGUGCCGAUGGCUACAGCAUGUACAGGUAUCUUUUCAAUGGGGAGGAGUUGUUGUAUGAGGAUACUUCCCUCUGCAUGCCACCAGGGACGGGGGUCAGGAAAAAAGUUGGUUCCUUCCAUGUGAAGGAAGAGAAGGACCAAAGAACACACCUGGUCCCAGAGCGUCAGGGCAGCCUUCGCCUGCCACCCAGCACGAGUACGCCAGCAUCCCCAGACGGCGAUCGACUUGCAUCUGACAACGUGAAGAGCACCUCAGAGCCGAAAUUAGGUCCAGAUGUUGGGAUUUCAGCUGAAGACAAUGAAAGGCAGGCAGACUCUAAGAGAGGAGAAAUGAGCUCCCCAAGUUUCAGUCAAACAGAUGUUACGCACGGACAGAACAAGUCGGAUUUUCAAAGCACUCAGCUAACAGUGGAAACAACAAAGAUAGAAGGCACCAUUUCUUAUCCCCUGGAAGAAACAAAAGUGACCCGUUAUUACCCUGAUGAGACGUUCAGUGCUUGUAAAGCAAUGAAGUCCAGAAGCUUUGUAUAUUCCCGGGGAAGAAAGCUGGUCGGCGGGGUUAACAAGUGGAGUGCAGCUGGGGACCAAACAUGCCCCUCCACGGUUCAGCGAUGGACCACAGAAUGGAGGUAUCAAGUUCAAAAGAUUAUGCGUUCUCAGAGCACGGAUAUCCCUUCCUUUGGGUCUGAAACGGCAGUGCAGGCUGAGCAUCAAGGGCAUUUCACAGACACCGAAUAUGAAAACUGUGUUUCUGAAACAGGCCCUCAGAUCUCCCGUUUGUCACUAGCUGUUACUGACAGAACUGACAAGGAAAACUUACUGUCCGUGAAAACACACCAAACUUUGGGAUUCCCAUCUUUAAGGUCAAAAAGUUUACAUGGCCAUCCUAGGAAUGCUAAACCCAUUCAGGGCACCUUAGACAGAUCUAGACAUGCCAGCAGUGUAAGUAACUUAGCAGUUGGGUCCAGAAUUACAACGGAAGACCUGAAAGUUAAGCGAGAGAAAAAUUCCUCAGAAACUGAGUGCUAA